AUGAUUCAGAACAUGCCUUUCAACGAAUUUUUUACCGAAUAUGGUGAAGCAAAUUUGUAUGAAAUCGAAGAGGUUGUUGGCAAGGGAAGUUAUGGUGUUGUGGCCGCGGCAGUUGAUACUCACACAGGAGAAAAGGUAGCUAUAAAAAAGAUUGACAGUGUUUUUGAGCAUGUUUCUGAAGCCACUCGCAUUCUUAGAGAAAUCAAGCUCCUCCGGUUACUUAAGCACCCAGAUAUUGUAGAAAUAAAGCAUAUAAUGUUGCCUUCAUGUCGGAGAGAAUUCAAGGAUAUAUAUGUGGUUUUUGAAUUGAUGGAAACAGACCUUCAUCAUGUACUCAAGACAAAUGAUGAUCUUACUCCUGGGCAUCAUCAAUUUUUUCUGUAUCAGCUGCUUCGAGCUUUGAAAUAUAUACAUUCAGCAAAUGUGUUCCACCGGGAUUUGAAACCCAAAAACAUCCUUGCUAAUGCAGACUGCAAGUUGAAGAUCUGUGAUUUUGGACUGGCUCGUGCAUCAUUUGGCGAUGCCCCAUCUGCAGUGUUCUGGACUGAUUAUGUGGCAACUCGAUGGUACCGUGCUCCUGAACUUUGUGGUUCGUUUUUCUCCAGAUAUACUCCUGCUAUUGAUAUCUGGAGCAUAGGAUGUAUAUUUGCAGAAAUUCUCACGGGCAAACCAUUGUUUCCUGGGAAAAAUGUGGUCCACCAAUUGGAUCUCAUAACUGAACUUCUUGGUUCACCUUCUUCUGAAUGCCUUUCUAGGAUUCGAAAUGAGAAGGCCCGAAGAUAUUUAAGUAGCAUGAAAAAGAAAGCACCUGUUCCUCUCUCACAAAAGUUUCCAAAUGUUGAUCCAUUGGCUCUUCGUUUACUUGAACGUUUGAUAGCAUUUGAUCCCAAAGAUCGUCCAUCUGCUGAAGAGGCAUUGGCAGACCCAUAUUUUUAUGGUUUGGUAAAUGUGGAAGAAGAACCAUCAACUCAACCAAUUUCAAAAUUUGAGUUUGAGUUUGAAAGGAGAAAUUUGGCAAAAGAUGAUAUAAGAGAGCUAAUCUACAGGGAGAUCUUGGAGUAUCAUCCCCAGAUGCUCCAGGAAUACCUCCGUGGCGUGGAUCAGACUCACUUUAUGUAUCCAAGUGGAGUCGAUCAAUUUAAGCAACAAUUUGUCCAACUUGAAGGGCAUUCUGGUAAAGUUGAAAGAGCUCCAAUGCGAAGGCGUUAUGCCUCCUUGCCCAGGGAACGAGUCUAUGCACCCAUCGAUGAGGACACGGAGCAAAAUACUAAUUCUAUAAGUCAAACUGUGGUUGCUAUUUCACGCCCUUGUCUUCUUAGCCCCUCCAAAUUACCAGAUAUGAAAGGAUUAGAAGCUUCCAAUACCAGUGUAAAGGAGAUGCAAAAUGGACGUAGGAAGACAUGCUGCAGUGCUCGAUGCUUAUUAAGAAGUUCUAGCAUUAGUGCUUCUACAUGUGUUGGUGUAGACAGCAGGGAUUAUAAGAGAGCCUGA